CCACGAGGUACUUACCUGCGUCUCUGUCGUGCGGACGUGGGGACCACGACUGGACAUACGUACCAUACACCUUCCAACCUCUUUAAAACCACAACGCGUCUAGUUUCUUCAUCACCUCGCUCUCCUCGAUCUCUACCUUUGUGUUACGUAUAUCGCAUUGCAUACACUGAGCAGGGAAACCCUCCCAACACUACUACCCCGAUGGACCAUCAGCCCGCCAAACGUCGCGUCCUCGGCGCUCUCAACCCCAACGCGAAUCUCUCCCCUCGACCGAGUCCUCUCUCCAAGUCGAUAUUUCCCUCCCCGACGACCGCGUCGCCUGUCAAAGCCAAGAGUCCUCUGAAGAGGAGCGUUGCCACUGUCGCCGUGGACAGCAGCCCCAAGAGGGCACGCGUAGAGGUACGUCCGUCCAUUGAAGAGAAAGCCUGCUACUGGAGAAGAGACAACGCUGACAUGGCACAGAAUGACACGACGACUCGGUCGAGGACGGGCACGCCCGACGAGAGCAGUCUCUUUGACGAGGGGGUGACGUGGGUCAGCAGCACGACGCCGGGGACCAGCCCCGCCAGGACCUUGACCCGUGAGCAGGCGCGCGAGAGAGCGGAGAUUCUGCGAUUACGCCUUGGAUUGGCCAGCUACAAGGUGCGGACGGGACAGACGAACGUUCCGCUGGAGGACCUCGUGCAGAAGCCACUGCCCAAAAACGCCGUACCAGACGAGGAGACGGCCCAAGAAGACACAAAAGAGAAUGACGAACAGCAUGAUGACGAGGAGGAGGAGCAGCAAGCCGUGCUGCCGCCCCUGCCAGAGGUCCUGGAGGAUGUGGUACCCGUGAUCGGCGACGAGGAUGCAAGGAGGAGGCGGUUACAGGGCGAGGCAAUGAAUGGGCUUCUGAGCCUUGCCCGCUCGGGUUCUGAUAACUGAUUGACUCAUUUUUGGUUUGCUUUUCCUCGUCAUGGCGCAAUAGAGGACGGCAGAGGGGACACAUGGUUGGCGUUUGGAUCAUCGUUGUCUAGAAGGGCGGGAACGUAAACACAUCAUGGGAAGCUAUACUACAAUGGGCGUUAUUUUGAGAGUCAAGAAAAAGGCGGUAUCAG